UUGAAAUGUGGGAUCAAUAUACUAUGCGGAUAGACGAAAAGAAAAAAGAAUGUUACAAAUGCAAAGCAUGCAGUAAGGAAGCAGCAAAAAAUGCAACAAGAUUACAGGAGCAUUUGGAUAUAUGUCCUUUGCGAAGUUCAAUAAUAAAUGAAGCUUCGAAUGAUUUUUUGAAACCUUUUAUUGAUUUUAUAUACCGUUUAGAAAGUGAUAAACCAUAUCUUUCUUCGGCAUAUAAAACUUUACAAGAAUUAAAAAAUACUAUCAUAAAUAAUUCACAAGUCCCAGAAGAAUUGCAAAAUGAAACUUUGCAAGCUGCUAGGUCUAGAUGGACCAAUAUUUUAUACAACUCUGCAGUUAUCGUUGCAUAUACACUUGAUCCACGAUAUCGGGGUGAAGAUCUUGAUUUUGGAAUGUGGAGAGAUAUUAUUAAUAAGGAAGUAAUUCGAAUUGCUGGUAUUGAUAAUGAAAAUCAAGUACUUAAUGAAUUAGCUGAAUAUCUUGAAAAAUCAGAAGGUUUUGCAAAAAACUAUUUGUGGAAUAACUUUACCUUAAAACCGCUUAAUUGGUAG